GGGACUGUGAUGGCCGGAGAGAUGACUUAUUUAGGAUCAGCUGUUUUGACUCUUCUAUUGGCUGGCUAUUUGGCACAACAGUUUUUACCACCACCUACGCCUAAAGUGAUUGGCAUUGACCUUGGUACCACCUACUGUUCUGUUGGGGUGUUUUAUGCUGGUACAGGAAAAGUCAAGGUCAUUCCAGAUGAAAAUGGGCAUGUCAGCAUACCGAGCAUGGUUUCCUUUACUGACGAUGAUGUAUAUGUGGGGUAUGAAAGUUUAGAACUGGCAGAUUCAAAUCCACAAAACACAAUAUAUGAUGCCAAAAGAUUCAUCGGUAAGAUUUUUACCCCAGAAGAGCUAGAGGCUGAAAUUGGCAGAUACCCAUUUAAGGUUUUAAACAAAAAUGGACUGGCUGAGUUUUCUGUGACAAGUAAUGAGACCAUCACCGUUUCUCCAGAAUAUGUUGGCUCUAGGCUGUUACUGAAGUUAAAGGAAAUGGCAGAAGACUACCUUGGUAUGCCAGUUGUCAAUGCUGUUAUCUCAGUACCAGCAGAAUUUGAUCUAAAACAAAGAGAGUCAACAGUUGAAGCUGCCAAACUUGCAGGACUGAAGAUUUUAAGGGUGAUUAAUGAACCCACAGCAGCAGCUAUGGCCUAUGGUCUCCACAAGGUUGAUGUCUUUCAUGUCUUGGUGAUAGAUUUGGGUGGAGGAACUCUAGAUGUGUCACUGCUAAAUAAACAAGGAGGAAUGUUUCUAACCCGAGCAAUGUCUGGAAACAAUAAACUCGGUGGACAAGACUUCAACCAGAGAUUGCUUCAGUACUUAUAUAAAAAGAUCCAUCAAACAUUUGGUUUCCUGCCCUCUAAGAAAGAAGAAAUCCACAGAUUAAGACAAGCUGUCGAAAUGGUCAAAUUAAAUCUGACUCUUCAUCCAUCUGCUCAGGUGUCAGUGUUAUUAUCAGCAGAGGAAAAGGCCUUGAAGGAACCUCUGCUACAUGACAGACUUUCCCCAGCAGAUGGCCACCAGGAGAAUGGUGUGUUUGGAACUGGCCUUUCUGGAAUGAAAAGUGGAGAGAGACAGGUUUUAUUUGAAACAGAAGUAUCGCGGAAGCUCUUUGAUACCCUCAAUGAAGAUCUAUUUCAAAAAAUACUUGUGCCCAUACAGCAAGUUUUGAAAGAAGGCCACUUGGAAAAGAGUGAGAUUGAUGAGGUGGUAUUGGUUGGUGGCUCCACUCGUAUUCCUCGAAUCCGCCAAGUUAUUCGGGAAUUCUUUGGGAAGGAUCCUAACACAUCUGUGGACCCUGACCUGGCAGUGGUGACUGGAGUGGCUAUUCAGGCAGGGAUUGAUGGAGGCUCUUGGCCUCUCCAAGUCAGUGCUUUAGAAAUUCCCAAUAAGCAUUUGCAAAAGACCAACUUCAACUGAAUUGUGGGCAGUGAGUGAUUAUUUAUGAUACUGUUCAUGAUUUGUUUUUUCUUCUUAAUAGAC